AUAGCAAUGAAUGGGUGUCGGAGCUCUACACGGCAAAGGAGCACCCACAGCGCGACGAGGCGGAUAAGGGGAUGCGGCAUCGGUACGCGGGAGCUGUCCAUCAGCACCACACACCCGACGAAAAGCAAGGAAACAACGAACGGCGCCAAGAGCAAGUCGCUCCCGUUUUUAGCCUGCCGCCCCCGCCCUCUUCUCACCACCGAGUCCGCACUUUAACCACCGCCGCUCAGCGCCAGAACCUCCAGGAGCUCCCGUGUGUGAGCCAACCCUCUCGGAGACCGGUUCACAGCGGCGAUCCUCUACCGCUGGCAAGCUACGACACCAGCCAGCGAUCUUCACACAGAGGCGGCGAACCCAGCCCCGGUCAGCCGACGCACCUGCAGCAGGAGCCCUGGGCCCCGGACGGCUCCCAGCAGCCGCCGCCGCUGCAGUCUGAGAGGGGGGCUGUUUUUCCAAGCUGCCACUGCAGUUUUUCGGAGCAAGCCAGCCUUUCUCAAAAUCAAUCCCAUCCUGUCGAGCCUCUCCGCCCCCAGCCCUCCCCACCUUUUCCACCACUCAUACCGCCGCCACCAACGUCUUCCUCUUCCUCUCUGCUCUUUUCCCGGGGAUCUGAAAGAGGGGAUCGUCUCCGAAGGAGUGCCAAUAAUUACCAACAGGCGAACACCGUGGAACGCUGCAGGGGAGGAGGAGGAGCAGGAGGGCACCAAGACCACAAGCAGUUGUUGCAGCAACAGCAACAGCACUGUCAUUUAGGACUCCAACAGAGGGACCCCUCCCCUGAAGGAAGCCAUGCAAACUCACAAAAAGGGCGCUCUUUAGAUGCAUGCGAGUCAAACGAGGCUAAGAAAGCGUUCGAGUCUCAGACUCAGGAUCUGCAGCAGCAACAGAUCCCACAAUUGCGAGCGCAGCAACAGCUACUGGUGGGAAGCAGCCUGCCCGUCAACUACUGCGCAAGCGGCUCCGGAGAGCUAUGUAGGACUCACCGGGCUCCACUGCUGCAACAGCAGGAGCAGCAGCAGCAGCUGCAGCAUCGGCAGCUGCAGCAAGGCGCGCCGGGGCUCAGUCCCCAGCCUUCGCAGCAGCAGCAGCAGCACUGUGACAAAGAUCGCAAUAAGUGUGGAAGGAUCACCGCGGAGAGCGUUCAGGCGCAGCCACACAGCCGCGGCUCCCGCGUAACCCCCCCUGCAACACCGCACGCAUACGCGGGGAACUCGUCUGCUACUGGGAGCCACAGCAACAAAGACAGCCCCAACUACGGCUCUAGCUAUCACCUGUGGCCCGAGAGCCCGCAUAAAGGAGAGGAGAGAAUACGCAUCGACCUCCAUAAGGCCUCAACUGAGCAGAAGAAGCUGAGCCAUGCUGGAUCCAAGCCCUCCCUCUUUGAGAGCAGUGGCAGACUCCCUCAGAUAGCCAUGAACACCUGCAAGUACAAUGGCGGUGUGGUAAGACCACUAGUAAGCAGCCUGGCGUCCUCGUCGCGCCGAAACCUUGCGGAGCUUGACUCAGAAACACAGCCCUUGCAGACCCUGCACAGCUCCGGCUUGGAGGUGGUGGUGUCCAAGGGCAACAGCGGAGAGGACCACAGUAAGGCGUCCAACGAGAGCCUUGUCAGGGAAGGUAGCAGGCGAAGCGGAGGCAGGGCUCCACAAAAGAAGAACAAGGAUAUUGGCUAUAAGCUUGGUCACCGGAGGGCACUGUUCGAGAAGCGCAAGCGACUCAGUGAUUACGCACUCAUCUUCGGGAUGUUUGGAAUUGUUGUCAUGGUGACGGAGACAGAACUUUCAUGGGGGGUUUACACUAAGGAAUCUUCAUACUCAUUUGCACUGAAAUGCCUUAUCAGCCUUUCCACUGUUAUUUUGCUUGGUCUUAUAAUAAUGUACCACGCCCGGGAAAUCCAGCUGUUCAUGGUUGACAAUGGAGCAGAUGAUUGGAGGAUAGCCAUGACAUAUGAACGAAUCUUCUUCAUUGUGCUGGAGCUUCUGGUGUGUGCCAUUCACCCCAUCCCAGGACAAUAUGUCUUCACCUGGACAGCACGGCUGGCCUUUACCUAUACGCCGUCUGUGGCAGACGCCGAUGUGGACAUCAUCCUCUCUAUACCAAUGUUCCUGAGACUCUACCUGAUUGGCAGGGUCAUGUUACUUCACAGCAAGCUGUUCACGGACGCUUCGUCUCGCAGUAUUGGCGCCCUCAACAAGAUCAACUUCAACACCCGCUUUGUCAUGAAAACCCUCAUGACCAUCUGUCCAGGAACAGUGUUACUGGUGUUCAGUAUAUCCUCCUGGAUCAUUGCUGCAUGGACUGUGCGUGUCUGUGAGAGGUAUCAUGACAAACAGGAAGUGACCAGUAACUUCCUAGGAGCCAUGUGGCUCAUCUCGAUCACCUUCCUCUCUAUUGGCUAUGGUGACAUGGUACCACACACGUACUGUGGAAAAGGCGUAUGUCUGCUUACAGGGAUCAUGGGAGCUGGUUGCACAGCGCUGGUGGUUGCAGUGGUUGCCAGGAAGCUGGAGCUGACCAAGGCUGAGAAGCAUGUCCACAACUUUAUGAUGGACACACAACUCUGCAAACGAGUAAAGAAUACAGCUGCCAAUGUACUCAGGGAAACAUGGCUCAUUUACAAACACACCAAGUUGGUCAAGAAGAUAGAUCAUGCCAAGGUGCGGAAACACCAGCGCAAGUUUCUCCAAGCCAUCCACCAAGCUCAGAAACUGCGCAGUGUGAAGAUGGAGCAGAGAAAACUCAACGAUCAGGCUAACACUUUGGUGGACCUUGCAAAGACCCAGAAUGUGAUGUAUGAUUUGGUGUCGGAGCUGCAGGAGAGAAGCGAAGAGCUGGACAAGCGCAUCGGCACAUUGGAGGACAAACUAGACUCAGUGGCGGGCAGCCUGCAGGCACUGCCCUGCCUCAUCUCCCAAGCCAUAACCCAACAGCAGCAAGACUUCCUGGACGGCUUUGUUCACCGCUUUCGACCUGCCUCUCUAGCGUCAGAGCGUUCCGAACGCUCAGAGAGAUCUUGGACUUCCACCACCCGUAGGCGGCGCUCUCCCUCCACAGCACCACACACGUCUUCUGACAGUGGAUAACCUUGACAAACCCUCUGUUAUCCCCUUAUCAAGCCACACAUUUUCCAGAAAAAUCCUUCACCACAUUCUAUCCAAUCCAAAGCUGUCCCUGCAUCCACUGCAAGUCCAUGUCUGGACUAAUAAUGAAUCCAUAUCUUGACCUAUGACCUAAUGCUCACCUCUAUUCUCUUUCUCUCUCUCUCUCUCUCUGUCUGUCUCUCUCUCUCUCUGUCUCUCAGUCUCUCCCUUUUUUCCUUCUCCCACAUCAACCAAAAAAAAUCCAAAACCUCCAAAAUCCAGUUCCUCUGUGACUGAGCCUCUCAGCACAGUUCUGGAUUAGAGCUACUCGAAUAGAAAAGCAAAGGCAAACAAUUAACAGAAAAACACAAAUGCAUCCAAAAAAUGUCAAAGAGAAAAAAAAAUUUUAAAUGACAGAUAAAGUAGAGAUAUGGUUUAUGUUUUAGCCAUUGUAUGGCUGUUCCUGUUAGCUUUUUUGUAAAAGCCCUUGUAUAGUUAAAAAAAUGACUGAGUUCAGGGUCGCUGGGGUGAGAGCUGGCUAUCACACCGGAGAGUCCUUAACCACACGGGAGGAUGUUGGUCUGUGGAGCGGAGGUCCUCGGGUCACCUGCUGGCCCUCUGAGGCCAUGGAGGACAUCUCUCCACCCAUGUGUCCGUUUCUCUGUUUGUCCAAGGAGAAGAGCGAGAUAAACCAUUUGAUUCCCUUCACAAGAGACAAGUGUCAUGGAGUCUUUCUCAUAGUUUAGGGUGAAAGCUUUAGGAGAAACCUUGAAAACCCUGACUUCAGGUUAGUGUCUGAAAAUGCACUUAAAGGAGAGGAGAAACUGUCACAUGAAAGAAUUGCAAAGAGGGUGCAUAUGGCAUUACUAUAAGGUAGGAAAAAUGUACUCGUUUGCCAACUUCAAGGUAUCAGCUUCCUUGUUCUUACCAAGGAAAAAAGAGAGCAACUAUCUUUUUUAGUUACAUAUUGACAUGUGAUUUUUCAGUGCCUGAAUGUAUAAAUAGUAGAGGGUUAUUUAAUUACUAAUUUCAAAGCUUUUUUACAAUGUUAACAGUCUGAAUACAGCAUUGCAUUCCUUUUUCAGAUACAUUCCUCUCCAAAAAUGUAAAAAAACUGUCUUAAUGUAAUGCAUAUCAUUGCCUCCAUUACACUGCAACGCCAAACAUAUAUAUUUUUUUUAUUUCUACUAACAGUAACAAAUUAAAAAUUCAGAGAUUAAUUUAGAAAAUAUUUGUUAGUCUAACAGAGAGCUCACUUCUUGCUCAUUGCUGCCCACCAUGAUGAAAAAUGAAGUAGACUACCUGUCUCACCAAUAAUUAGAGCUUCCUGUGGUCUUUUGGAAACGGCAUGGCUUGAAUCGUGCUGUUAUACAGCCACACAGCCACACAUCACUGGUCGAACUGAGAAACAAACCUGGCUCUUUUGCAUGUUUCUGUUGAACAAUAACAAGAGAUCACACUUUUCCUGGGUUGAUAAUUCACAAUUUUGAUUGAUUAUGUUACUUCUUUGUCUGUUGCUUUCUAUCCUUUUUUAAAUACAUUUUUACUUUUUUAACUAGGAUAUCUAGCAUUUUAGAUUUGCAGAUCUUAGUGAGCUGCAGCAAUGUUAAUUCUGUAAUGCAUUCCCUGUUUAAAAUCUGAGGUGAAAAAGAAAAUCAGUUACAAAAGAAUAUUUAAAGGGUACAAUAAAAGUGUUGGAGCAACUUA